ACGUCGAACUCGAUAAGAAACGGUGUGAUUACAAAAAUCAAUAUCAUUCGACAAGACAAAACCCGAUUGUAAUUUUAGUAUUAAUCAAAACGUCUCACUGAAACAUGGAACGUUGGGUUGGGAAAGUAGCCGUCGUUACUGGUUCGAGCGCUGGAAUCGGAGCACAAAUCGUUGUUGAUCUAGCCAAUGCCGGCAUGAUAGUUGUCGGUUUGGCUAGAAGGAAGGAACGUGUCGAGGCACUUAAGUCGCAAACGAAAGGGACCAUACAUGCGAUACAGUGUGAUGUAACCAAUGAGGCUGACAUAACGAACACCUUUAAGUGGAUAACAGAUAAUUUGGGUGGAGUUGAUGUGCUCGUGAACAACGCCGGAAUAGUACGCAUUACGAAAUUGAUAGAGCCAGGAAAUACGACCAAGAUUAAGGAAAUACUAGAUACGAAUGUCAUGGGCGUCGUUCUAUGCACACGUGAAGCGUUUCAGUCCAUGAAAAGUCGAAAUGUUGACGGUCACAUCAUUAUAAUAAACAGUAUUGCCGGGCAUCAAGUUCCAAAUAUGCCGGGAAUGCCGUCUUUGAACAUUUACCCACCUUCGAAACAUGCCGUCACUGCUAUGACCGAAGUCUUGCGCCUGGAAUUUCAGAGCGAAGGAACUAAAACGAAAAUUACGAGCAUCAGUCCUGGUGGUGUGAAAACCGAAAUCGGGCAAGCAUCAGGUGCUACUUUUACUCCGGAAAUGAUGGAACAUUUUGCCAACAUACCUAUGUUAGAUAGUGCCGAUGUGUCAUCAGCGGUUAUCUAUGUAUUGGGAACAAAGCCUCACGUUCAGGUGCAUGAGCUCAUUAUCAAGCCAUUGGGUGAGGCAGUUUAGAAGCAGUUCGAGUUUGAUGUCAUUAGACCGUAAAAAAUGUUAAAAUGAAAUUGUCACAUCAUUCAUUUACGUUGUAAAUAAAAACAACUCUCU